AAACCGUUAGACUUGGCAACACCGCGACCAUAACCCCAAACUUUGUUAUUAAAACAUAACCUCAAAUUUACAGCGAGAAUGGAGGAGAAUUUAAUAAAAGCUGGAAGUUUCGCCAUAAUUCAACGCCAGAACUACACAAAGCUACAAAAAAUUAAAGAAAACUGCACGGUCACGCUCGGCAAAGACAUCAUCAACGUUGACUCGGUGCUCGGCCACAGGUACGAGGAGACGUUUCGCAUGGUGCUCAAGCCGGGCACCAGACGCGUCUACAUGCUCGAGGAAGUCUCCCAAUUGACGCUUACGAACAUUAAGCAAAUCGAAGAAUCGGGCACCGACAACCGCGAUAUAAUAGACGACGGAACGUCGCAAGGGCUGAGCAAAACCGAAAUUGAAGACCUGCGUGAUCAAGCUCUGAGCUCGAACGACAUCGUGCAAAAGUUGGUGGAGAAUUCGAAGACGUUCAGCUCGAAGACCGAGUACAGCCAGGAGAAAUACCUCAAAAAGAAGGAGAAAAAGUACUUCGAGUACAUACAAGUGCGCAAACCGAGCAUACGCCUUGUGGCGCAGAUGUUUUACCGACAGGACCCCAAUAAAACUUUAGGACUACGCAUAGACGACCUCUCCCAAUUGUUGACCUACGCGAACGUGCAAAGCGACGGCAACUACCUACUGUACGACAGCGGAACGUCCGGGUUAGUCGCCGCGUCCAUACUGCACGCUGUUGGGCGCGAUACGCCCGGCCACCUCGUCCAUGCGCACCCAGGGAAUGAGUGCCAGAAGAGCGCCCUGCUGGCGAUGAACUUUCCCGCCGAACAGCUCGAGCGAUGCGUCAACGUUAAUCUGUACAGCGUGCUGAGGUGCUUCUAUCAAAACGACGCCGAGCUCGACACCGAAACCGACGGUCCGAAACGCAAACAGACCAACGACGACACGUCCGCGCAGCCGAAGAAGAGGCCGACAUGGCAGAUCGAAAACGAAAGCGCCUGUCGCGUUUUACGCGAAAAAGUCGACGGGGUAAUAAUCGUCGCGAAGGAGCAUCCCGUGAGCAUCACGCGGGAGCUCGUCCCGUUCCUCAGGGGCGGGCGGUGCGUCGUCGUGUUCAGUUUGACGAGGGAGCCGCUGCAGGAUUUGUAUUUUUACUUAAAGGAGCGGACCGAUUUCAUAGCGGUAAAUGUGUCGAACAGUUUCGUGCGGAAUUAUCAGGUGCUACCGGAACGGACGCAUCCAGAAGUGAUUAUGAAUUUCGGCGGGUAUUUGCUUAGUGCCUAUAAGCUAAAUGUGUAAUUAAUAAAAUGGCAGGGGGAAAGGGGGCAAAAUACAACUUUUAAUUAAACUCAA